AUGUCGCCAACUACUACUACUACUACAAUCUCCUCACAGCGACGACAGCACGACGUAAUGGACGAGUCCUCACAUCGGCCCUCGGGAUCCGUUUCCCAGUCGCUGCAAGCGACAAUCAUGCCGCUCCUCGACGCUGAGCCGCAGCCUGCCCUGUUGCUGCCGCCUCUCGACCCUACGACCGCCGCCUGCGCCAGCACUGGCGCAGCGGCCGACGACCAAGAUGACGAGCGUAGCAGCUUGAACCUCGCAACCAAGCCCGACGACAACAACGGUGACCACAAAGAUGACAAUGAGGAACUACCGCCCGGCGAAACGUCACCUCUUCUCCGCCGCAGCAGCGACGACGAUGCUCCUGCCAGCGACGACGCUCCGCCGUCUCUCUACCUCGGCGGCGUCUCCCCCACGCGGUUCUGGCUCAUCUUUGCGCAGAUUCUCAGCGCCCUCUUCAUCGCCUGCCUCGACGGCACCGUCAUGGCCUCGUCGCAUCCCGUCAUCGCGUCGCAUUUCCGCGCCGCCCACGCCGCGUCCUGGCUCUCCACCGCCUUUCUCCUCGCCAUGACGGCCCUGCAGCCGCUGCUCGGCCGCCUCUCCGACAGCCUUGGCCGCAAGCCCCUCUUUGUCGGCGGCGUCGGCCUGCUGGCGCUCGGCACCACCGGGUGCGCCGUCGCGCCGACGCUGGGCGCGUUUGUCGCGGCGCGGGUGGUUUGCGGAGUGGGUGCCGGGGCGGCGAUUGCGCUGGGGAGCAUCAUCACGAGCGACUUGGUCCCGAUAGAACGCCGCAGCUCGUUUCAGGCGCUGUUCAACGCCACGUGGGGAGCUGGCUCGGCCAUUGGCGCCGCGACGGGAGGGUGGCUCGCCGAGACGGUGGGAUGGCGCUGGGAGUUUGGCAUUCAGGUCCCGCCGCUGCUGCUCAUCUUUGGGGCGUCGUUUGUGGCCAUUCCCGAUGAUAUCGGCCUCUGGAGCAAGCCGGCCAAGACGGUCCUGCAGGCCCUGCGUGAGUUUGACCUCGUGGGCUCAGGCCUGUCUACGGCCACGACGACGGCAUUGAUUCUCACUUUGAAUCUUGGCGGCAACAUCCUUCCUUGGUCUCAUCCCAUCGUCGUCGCUUCCAUAGUCGUCUUUGCCGUUUCUUUUCCUGCCUUUCUCUGGGUCGAGUCGCGUACGGCCAAGCCCAUCAUGCCGCUGCAUCUCGUCACAAAGAUGCCCCAUGCCAACCUCAUCUUUGGCAACUUUCUCGCCUCGUUGCUUUUCAACGCAAUUCUAUUCAACAUGCAAGUGCCGCUCUACUUUCAAGCCGUCCUCCUCACGUCCGCCACGACCUCUGGCCUGCGUCUCGUCGUCCCAUCCGUCGCCUCCUCCGUCGCCGGCAUCUUCACCGGGUUCCUCAUCACCCGCACGCGGCGUCUCCGGUGGCCGCUUCUCGUCGGCAGCAUCCUCACCGCCAUUGGCAACCUCGUGCUGGUGCUGCUUCGUCGGGGCCUCGCCGCGCCGCUUUACGGGCUCGCCCUCCUCCCCGGCAGCCUCGGCGCCGGCUUCCAGCUGCCCGGCUCCUUCAUGGCCCUGCUGGUCGCCAGCCCGCAGCCCGAGCACGCCGUCGUCACCAGCACCGUGCUGCUCUGGCGCAGCCUUGGCAGCGUCCUUGGCGUCGCUGCCAGCAGCCUCGUCGUGCAGGCCGGGCUGCUGCACCACCUGCGCCGCAACGUCCACGGCGACCGCCGCGACGACGUCAUUGCCAGCGUGCGCAGGUCCGUCGAGGUCGUCGCCAGGCUUGAAGAGCCUUACCGCGAGCAGGUCAUUCAGAGCUACGAGGCCGCGCUGCGUCUGACAUUCAUGUUGACGAGCGCCUUGGCCCUCGUCUCCUUCGUUUUGAUGGUUCCCAUCAAACUAAAACGUCUGCCUGCGCAAAAGUAA